AUGGGAGUAGGCAACAAGCGCACUCUAACCAAAACCCGUCGCAAGACGCGAGACCUCGACCAGAUCAAAGCCGACCUGCUCUCCCCAAAACAUUUGUCCCAAUGGAAAGACACAAAGCCCAGUGAGGAUCUGCCUGGCUUAGGCAAGUGGUACUGCACCGAGUGUGCCAAAUGGUUCGAAGGCGAGGCCAGUUUGGUGCUCCACCGCAAGGGCAAGCCGCACAGAAGAAGAGUGAAACAACUCAAGGAAGAGCCCUACACGCAGAAGGAAGCCGAAGCAGCUAUCGGCUUGACGACCGACAACGUUGGCCCUGUCCAGACUGGCCACUCAAACGGCAAUGAAGUGGUCAUGACCACAUGA